AGCCAAUGCUAUUCACCGUAGGGUUUCUCUCACUCGCCAUCGAAUCGGAGAAAAAAAAUCCGAACAACUACUACCUCAAUCUCCAUUCGGUUAGUUGUGUCGUCAGCCGGGGUAGUGUGAGUGCGUGUGUCCUGUAAGCGCUUUUAUUAUAAACCGGUGAUAGUGUGGUUUAUUGGUUCAUCUUCGUAAAACUGUAAAACCCCAGCCAGCAAGACAUUUAAAAUUUGAGCACUUCCAUUAUUUGUUGUAGCAUCACCAUACCUCUGGAUUUUGUUGAUAUUCUUAUCGCCUUGUGUGUAGAGUAGUCUAGUCAUCCGCGCAAACGCAUCUUUGAGGAGGACCAUUGCACUCGACACACAACACACCAACACGCAGCCGACACUCUCCUCUUUCUUCGCAUCUCUUGCAUCCAAUAUGACGAACAUGGCAGCCACACAAUUAGCAAGCGGACCUGACACACAACAACCCACCGGCAACCAAGUUUCCCAGGUUGGCAACAAGCCUAACGGAGUUUCUUGUGCACCCCAAACCAUUCCCAUGAAGGACCAUGAUGCCAUCAAAUUAUUUGUUGGCCAAAUUCCACGGAACUUGGAGGAGAAAGACCUACGGCCGAUCUUCGAGGAUUUUGGGCGCAUCUACGAGUUGACAGUUCUCAGGGACCGAUAUACAGGCGUGCAUAAAGGCUGUGCCUUCUUGACUUAUUGCGACAGGGAAAGUGCAAUCCGUGCGCAGAAAGCUCUUCAUGAACAGAAGACCCUGCCAGGGGUAUGUAUUCAAAAAGGAAUUUGAUAAUCUUAUUCUUAAUAGGUUUCAUUUAAAAUAUGACAAUCCUUCAUUCUCAUCCUUACACUAUAGAUAAAAAAAUAUGUAAUUAUACAACUGUAAGUCAUUGGCCAGCAUGUUACAUCUAGGAACUCUUGACUUUGUUUAAUUGGUUUAUAAACAUACAAUAGGCCUAUAAAUUACUGAUUGCAUUAUUGAAUGAUUGAUUGGGAUGAAGAAUGUGGAGUUCGUUCAUGAGAGAAUGUGAGCUAAUGAUAGUUCCAAGUCAUGAGUGCCUAAUUCUCAAGUCUUUUUUUUAAUAUAAAAUGACAACUUGACAGGAUCAAUUGUUUCCAUAUCUAGAUGUUCUGCAAUCCAACAAACAGGUUUACAUUUAUUUAGAAAUCAUUUAGUAGCAACAUAGAGUGUAGACCUAUUAUAUCUCCAUUAAUUUGCUUAAUGCAUGAAUUAACAUUGUUGCUCCUACAAUUUUGAAAUUUAUGUUCAGCUUUGGCUUGUAAUACUUGUCUAUAAGUCACAAUGGGAAUUACAACAAUUGUCAAAAUUAGGUCUUAGGCUUGAUUAGUACUUUCUACAGCCUUGCUUUUAAUUUUGUAGGGCCUAUCUGAUCAGAUGGUCCAUGACCUGGCUCUGUGCAAUAACACAGUUUUCAGUUCAUGCACUUAAAACAUGUGAUCAGUACCAAACAAGAAAUUCUCCUGAUUAAUACACACCAUACCACACAGCACAGGAGUUACCUUGGAUUCAGUGCAAACCAGUCUUUAUUGAGUGGUAUCCACACAAUGAAAACAUAGUAGUAAGGUAUAAACCGCCUUUUUUGUUACCCACGUUCUUUGUCAUCCAUCAUAAAAGCGUCAAAUCAGGCCAGGAAGAGCUACACAAUGCAUUUCCAGAAAAGGGCUUCUGUGAACUGUUGCUAUCAAGAUGCUUCGGCUUUUGUUUUGGCACGCGAAGGGAGCUUUACAGGAAGGAGGGGGUGAGGGGAUGUGCAGUGUAGCAUGGAGAUGUUUGCUUCAAUUUGUUGCUUUGUUUGCUUUCUAUUCCAAUUCAGAAAGAGUCUCUAUCACAGAUAAUUGGCAAAUUGUUGUGCUAUCUUCAAUAUGUUUCACAUUGGAUUUGGUUUUCUCAUCCAUUGGCCUUUCAACUUUUUUGAAUUGCAGAUGAAAGAUAUUUUCCCAGAUAUUUCACUGGGACUCUUGAAUCUUGUUUAUUCAAACAAAGUUCAAUAUUGUAAAAUGAUUUAUAAAUCUCUUUGUCUUCCUCGAUCAGUCAAGUUUGCCCUAUUAUUCCUGAAAAAAGUGGUGGCAGCUAAUCAAAUUUGAAGAAUUUGAAGCUAACUUUGAAUGAUUACAUUAUACCC